GGGAGAGCACAACUGUUUUUUUUAGGACAGGGUCUGGUCAGAGGUACAGAGUGGACACUGAAAGCUGAGGAGAAAGGGCAGUAAAGGAGGUUAUAUGCUGGAGUUAUGAGGGUCGGAGCUGCGACCUUGUCUGGGGGGAUAUUUGGGGUAGUAGGGACAUUGUGUUUCUUCAUUGCCUUCGCUACAGACUACUGGCUGGUGGCCAGUGACAACUGUGGACCGUAUACAUGGCCGACACAAACAACACUGACAACAGACGCCAAUGGGACUGAGAUCCAGUUAGUGGAAGUUGUCACUGCUUCUCCUCCAUCUCUCACUCUGCACCACGAGGGCUUCUUCUGGCGAUGUGUGUUUCAGGUGGAGCCCACAGCACAUGCAGUCCUGGCCACUCUCUUCACAAACCAGCCAGAAUCCAAGAUGUGUAUCCAUGGUUACCUCUUCCCUCUGCCUGUCGCAGUUGGACAGGUGCCUCAUCCAACUUAUGAUGCUACAGCAGUGUUUCGGGGUUUCUGGACCGUGCUGAUAAUCCUUGGUCUGGUCGCAGCUCUAACCGGAGGCUUCCUCUUGAUCUGCGGCGUCCCCUUCAUCAGCCACAAACUGUACAAGCUGGGCGGUGCUUUCAUCAUUGCUGCUGCCUGCUUGUUUCUGUUCAUGUUGCUGCUCUACGUACUGUGGAUGGAGGUGAUGGACGUAAAGCGCUACGUCCUGCAGGAGAGAGGAGAUGCGUGUCCCCACGCGCAGGUUUCAGUGCUCUACGGCUUGUCAUUCAUGGUGGCUGCUGCCGGAGUGCCUCUGGAGCUCAUCUCUGGAAUGGUCUUCAUGCUGGUGGGCCGUGCGCUGCGUGCCAGCAAGUGAGCCUGCCAUCUGGCCUGCAGGGAAAGAAAGGACUGACCUUUUUAUGUCCUGCACUGGGAUGCAGCAGCACACUUGUGGGAUGUAAAUACUGGGUGGAAAGACAUGAUCAAUAUCACAGCACAAGCCUUUGGAUGUUAAUGCAGUCAGAGACACGGUUUUCUAUAACUUGCUCUGCUUUAUUUCUAUGAAAAUCACUAAUUACUAUAGAAUAAUAAUAUCACUAGUCAUUGUUACAGGCUCUAUGAUACUGGCAUUAAAGGUGCAAUGUCUAAUGCUUGACCAUAUGCUCCAAACAGAUAGGGGGCAGCAUUUCACCUCCUCCCGCCCUCCUGCUCAGAAAUUUACUGCAAACUUUCCAAACUUCCAAUUGUGCCUCAAUUUAUAACAGUAAUGCCAAUUGGUUACAAUAUGGUGAACUGAUCAACAUGUUUCAGUUGGUCUACUACUGGGUCCAUACAAUCUAAAUGUACAGUCAUUAGUUAUACAAUUACCAAUUACUAAAUGACAGCAGCGAAGAAAUACAAAACUCGACCAAAAUGUUGGAACUCUGGAGAGUCAAAAUAACUGUUAUCUCAUAGUCUUCACGCGUGGGCCUAUAGUUUACGUUAGAGCUUGCUUAGCUCUUAGAAAACCGCUACAUCAAAACCAUUUAAUGAUGGCAUUUGGAUUUUCUUUGUUUGUUGUGCACUUAUGAUACUUUUUGCUAAAUAGCAAACAUCGAAUGUUACUUACCAGUCUAAAAUUAUAGUUGCGAAUUCAGCAUCGUACCUCAUUUCUUUUCUCGCCAACAGCUGACACCAGCGAUGGAAAGCCACGCCAAUGUUUACUCUUGUUUUGCUUUUUCUUUUAUAUCAAUUUCUGUGCCGCUGAAUGGGGUUUCUUGCUGUUAGCGGGUGGUUGGGAUGGAGGUAAAGGUCAGAACUUCAGCCAUCUUUGUGGUUACUCUGCCAUUAACUGCGGGUUUAGGGUUCGGGGCAGCUCUACUUCUUCGUUUUCUCAUGUUGGACUCACUAUCUCCUCUCAAGGACCAAUUGGUAUUAGACAAGACGGGCCGGGGCUAGUCAGUCUCUACAACACAAUACACAGACUUCUUCACAUUUUGUAAACAAUGUUAGCGCCGUUUUAAACUCAAAUGCUUGCCAUGUCUUACACAUUGCACCUUAAAGGAGCAAUAUAAGAUGUGCCAAGACAUUUUUUAUCUAUUUCUUCCACUGUCAUUCUACAGAUUUAUGUUUUUUUUAACUUAAUGCUUCAAAUGAUGAGUCUAUAGAGCUAAAGGUGAGAAAUAUAUGGCUGAACCAGCUGUGUCCCCUGUCCUGAUUUUGGCACCCGAUCAAAGUAGGCUAGCUGGAGCGGAGUGAGGUGGGAGGGAGGAAUGGCUGGAUGGACUGGAGACAGAACUGGUGGCUUUGGAUAGAGUGGGGGUGGGGGUGUAGCAGGCGAGGGAUGCAUAUAGGGGGGAUAGAGAGAGAAUUGAUGCUUGUAGGGGGGCACAAGGGGGCUUUGAGAAAUGAACAGCUGUUUGUGGGUUUAGUUGGUGUACAGCGGGCCAGCCACCUGCCUCCUUCACCCCAAUCACAUUUCACUCCCUCAAUGAAGUCCUCAUGCUUUCUCUGUUCUGCCUCGCACUGUUAUGUUUCUCUGCUCCACCUUACAGAAACUUUCAAUUCAGAAACCCCCGCUCAUCUAAUGAAGCACAUCCAGACUUGUGAUUCUAUCAUGACUGCUAUAAUAUUAGAUGAUCCUGCUUCUUCAUCGGUCUGAAUGGGAAGCGUGUGGAAACAAGCGGGCAGACUCUCAAUCACACAUAUCAGCUUUCAUCUGCUCUACUGUGGAGCAAGAGUGGCGGAGGGGGGACAUGUUCGCUUCAAAGACCUCACUGAUCAAACACAUAAACACAGACACAAACACACACACACACACACACACAUAUGCUGUGAUCCAACUGCCCACAACACACCAAUAUUAAUUAUUGAAAAUACAGCUGCCACUAUAUCUGACUUAUGUAAGGCAGUGUACUUCAGUGUGUAAUGCUGUUAUAUAGCACCACAGCCACCACAUGCUAAAGGUCAACUAAGUCUACUGUAACCUGUGAUGUGAGAGCAUACCCUCUAAUGUUGGUACAUUGUGGUCUUUUACAUGAUUGUUUUCUGUAAUCUAACAUGUGAUUUUAUUUACGUCUGUGAUGAUGAUUUCUGAUAAACACGACAGCUAUUUAAAAUGCAUUGCUUUACUUGGAAACUUGAAAAACAGUUUUAAUGACACUUGUUUGUAAGUGUUUUAAUAAAAGUGUUUCAAUAAAACAAAACAAAAG